GAGUUUAGUUCGUUUUCCUCGUUUGUUCGCAGUGUCGGUCGGACGUACCUAGAUUUCUCGUCGUGAAUGUGCGGAGUGGUGAGAAAAACUUUUUCAAAUCGAAUAGUAAUUUUCGCGACGUCGUCGUUUUUCAGUGCCAGACAAAAGUGUUCGAUUGCGGAAGCUGUUGAGGUUCUUGCGUAAACGAAGUGAAAAUUGGAUGGUCGCUAGUGCCAAAGUCUACCGCCGCGAACAGGAAGCUGCCGAAAAACGGGUUGCGCCGUGAGUGGAAAAUCGACGGAUUUUGCGUUCACCAGCCCCCAGAAGGUCCCGUUCAGAAGAAAGAAGUUUCUUCCUCCCUGCUGGUCAUUGCCUGUUGGAUACUUCAUUAGUCAGCCAGCAUAGUGUGUUCUGUAUUGGUGUAAGUGGUGCAGUGAAGUGAAAAUCUGUCCAGUAAACACCAUUGAAGUGUUGGCAGAGAAGAAUCGAAUCAUUUAGGAAAAUAAAGUGAAUCAGUUCUUAUCCUCAGAAGCAAAAAAAUAAUCAGAGCAAGAUUGCCGACCUAACAAAAAGUGCUCGAGUGUGCGUGUGAGUGAGCCGUUGGAUCUUCGAAAAGUGGACUCAGUUACAGUUCCUGGUAAAUAAAUGCAUUGAAGUGAAGUUCGCUGGCGCAGUAGUCAGUGAGGGGACGAGAAAUGGCGUGUUUGAACACCCUGAAGGUAGAGAUUAAAACGUUGGAGCAGAUAUUCACCAAGAAUCACGAGCGAUUCCGGAUCCUGAAUGCCUCGGUGGAUGAGCUGAGCUGUCGAUUCAUCGGCCGCAACGGAAAGCAAUACGACAUCCAUGCCAAUAUUACGGAAACCUACCCCUCCACACCACCAGUAUGGUUCGCCGAAAGUGAGGAAACGAGUAUAACAAAUGCCGUGCAAAUACUUACCAACACCCGUGGCCACGAUAAUCAUGUAAUAAAUCAGGUGGAUAUACUACUACGCGAACUUUGUCGGUUACACACAGUUCCGCUACCGCCCGAUCUGGACAACCUUGCGAUACCGUUUCAACCUUACGCACCUGGCACCCCCUCACCAUACCUUGCGGCCCAUCCAGCGGGUCACCAUCUCCACCACCAGCAGCAGCUCCAACAGCAACAGCAGCACCAGCAACAACAGAUCGACGAGAUCGAUUCAGACUGUGAUGACAUCGAAGAUGAUGUGGCAGAAGAAAGCGACCAGGACAGCGAGGCGGAAGAGGACCUCCCCCUCGAAAUGGACGACGGACGGAAUGCUGCCAAGAAAGACGAGAUGGAGGUAGAACACUUAGCGACUUUAGAAAGAUUGCGACAAACUCAGCGGCAAGACUACUUGAAGGGUUCCGUGUCCGGAUCGGUGCAGGCGACCGAUCGACUGAUGAAGGAACUGCGGGACAUUUACCGUUCGGACUCCUUCAAAAGCAACAUGUACUCAAUAGAGCUGGUGAACGAUUCGAUCUACGAGUGGAACAUCCGGCUGAUGUCCGUCGAUCCGGACAGUCCACUGCACAACGAUCUUGUACUGCUGAAGGAGAAGGAGGGCAAGGACAGCAUUUUGCUCAACAUUAUGUUCAAGGAGACGUACCCUUUUGAGCCACCGUUCGUGCGCGUCGUGCAUCCAAUCAUUUCCGGUGGCUAUGUCUUAUUGGGUGGUGCAAUCUGCAUGGAACUGCUCACAAAGCAAGGCUGGAGUUCUGCGUACACCGUGGAAGCCGUUAUAAUGCAAAUAGCGGCCACGCUAGUCAAGGGCAAAGCGCGAAUACAAUUCGGUGCAACGAAGGGCCAGUACAGCUUGGCACGGGCGCAGCAAAGCUUCAAAUCGUUAGUCCAAAUCCACGAGAAGAACGGUUGGUUUACCCCUCCCAAGGAGGACGGAUAAACGCAACUGGAUUCUGUGUGUGCGUGCGUAACUGUGUGCGUCGUGUUGUAUCGUAUUCGAUGUCGUGUUUGAGCAGCUCAUAUCGAAUAAGCUCUUCCGUUUCCCGAUAUUCCUCGAUUGUGCCCUACUUUCCCUCUCGUAUCUGAUAGUUUUUCUUUUCAUUCUAUAAACAUUUUUUCUUGCCCUCACAGUACCAUCGAUUUGUAUUAGCGAUGGCAGAUCGGCGCUGUCAUCAACAAUCAACGCCAGUAAAGAAUUGUAAAUCAAGCAAGCAGUAAUUAACAGCAGUACUAACGAAUCCAUUCAAAGAUUCUUUCCGGAAUAGGCACCAACAGACAAAAGUAGCAGAAGAUAAAAUAUGAUCGUCCAUGCAGUAAGCGCGAAUCAGCUUUGCUCUUAUUUGUUGUCCAUACGAGUGUACGCGAGUUUGUCCGCGAGUCUGAUUUUGUAUGUUCGAGAAAUUAUUCUGCUUAUAUGUGAGUGACACUGUAGUGGAAAAUAACAAUUGUAGAUUAUUUGAGAGCGUAUUCGAGAGCCAUUGAAUGCUAGAGGUAGUCGAAGUGUGAUGUGACUUUUGCACAUUAGUUAGUAGUUUUAUUUCCAAUGAUCUUCGAAGUCGAACACGAUUGUCUUAAAUAUAAAAAAAAACGAUCGUAGUAAAAUAAACAUGAAGACAGAAACAACAUGCAAAAUAAGAAAAAAAACUGAUCGUUUCUCUUUUGUGAUUUAUCAGGAGCCAACCAAAAUAAGUAGUGGGAAACAAACUUGUAUAGCGAACAACGUAUUCCUCUUAAAGAGGUCAAACAUAGUAAAUAUUAAUCAAAUCUCUUGUAGAUCCGUUACAAGAGCAAGAGAUAAAAUAACGAUAGUUUGUACAUGUUAUUAACUACACUCAGUUUGUAAAGCUGCAUCUAACAAAAACUAAAUAUCGAGAAGGAUGUUUGAUUUGAGCCUUUUUCCAUUCCUUUGGUAUACUCUUCAGCAAACGCAGGACGAGAAGUUCCUAAAAGGUUCGCAAGGCAUCUGCGACACAAUAGUAAAUGACUAUAAAUGUAACAAAGCAUGUAGACUGUAAUAGUUGCGAUGCAAUGCGAUCCUUUUGCGAUUCGUAAGUGCUAAAUUGAAAUAACCAAUCGAUCUAGAGUAUAGCUCGAUGCACGAUUGUGUAAAUGGUGUUAAAAAUCAUACUAACAUAUAAUGCAUGAUUUUAGUAAAGAGAGACCAGUAAAUCAUUCUAGGAUGGGCAAACAAACAUAAUCUUACACGAAAAAAAAAACUGAAAAUCCUUCAACAUUUUAAUCUGUGUUGUAUGUGUACAAUGAUUAUCUUUUAUUUGAACUCAACAUUUUUUUCAAUAUGGAUAAUGUAAAAACACGUUUACCUGAGACGAGUAAACAAAAUCUGUCAAAAGCAGAAUGAGCAUAGAAAAUAAUUAUUUUUUCCCAUUUCCUAAAAACCAGUAAUAUGAAAUCUAUUGUGCGGUUCGGUGUAUCCAGAAUAAAUCGCAAUAACAUCGUGUUGUCGACUAAUUACGAAGAACAAAAACUAUCAAAGGUGAAAGUAUUCAAGUUGAUAACGAUACGAUUAACUUAGCGCACUCAAGGCUCUUUCGCUGAACUACACGCAGUGGAACAGACAACAGAGACAACAAUAAAACCGAAGCAAAAGUUUUUUUCAUCAGACUGUGAGAUAUGUAAAUUGUAGAGAAAAACAAGAAAAAAACAUGAAAAGUAAAUAUAAGGAUAGUUUAUAUUGAUACAACUAAUAAACAAAAUUCUGAAUUUCAGGAAAGCAAGAUUAAACAUACAA